AAAGCACGCGCGUCUUUAAAUAACACGUCUACUAUAACCGCUGAAUACUUUUUAUAACAAAAGACCAAAAUAAGUGAUUUUGUUUUGUGUUACCAGGUGUUCAGCUUACAUUACAUAACAAAUCUGAUUUUCGAUUAGUUCUUUUUAUUCCUUGGCUGCAAGUGGAAUCAGGCUCUCUACAAAGACCUUCAACACUACAUAACCAAAAAUGUCUGGUAAUGAUAUCGAGGAGACGUACAACCGAAUCAAGACCCACAAGGGGGUGGUGGGGGCCAUAAUUGCCAACCAGGAGGGGGUGUCCCUUAGAUCAUCUCUCGACAACUCCACCACUGUUCAGUACAUAAAUGCUGUCAAGGAUCUCACCUACAAGGGAAGCAGUUUGGUGCGCGACAUUGACCCCGAGAACGAGUUGACUUUCAUCAGAGUCAGAUCAAAAAAGAACGAGAUCAUGAUUGCCCCUGACAAGGACCAUAACAUCAUAGUCAUUCAGAACCCGAACGAGUAGAGAAAGACUAUAUAUAAAAAGUUGAAUUUAUGUAAUGUUGAUAAUUGAAAUAUCAUUUUAUAACACUGACCUAAGAAAAUUUGAAAUUUUUUGUUUCAAAAA